UUAACGAAAUGAAUCCAUUUUUAAGGAUCUUUAUCUAAUGCCCUAGGAAUGCUGCAGAGAAAAAGAGAAGUUUUAGGAGAAGAAUCUAGAAGUAGAUUGAUAGUCCAAAACAUGAUACACUGAUUUGUUUUACAUUUAUCCGCUGCGAAAUCAUAGCUAACUCAGCCGUAAUAAUAACCAUUUUUCAACAAAUUGUUUUGAGAUCCCAAAACGACGUCUUUCAGACUCCCCUGGCUUGAAUUUUUUUUCUUCUUUAGAAAUCAGGAAUUUCUGUUUAUUGAUUCCUGGUUGUUGUUGAGAGUUUAGGGAGUUUGGCUGACUAUCCUGCAGUCUGCUUUUGAAUUACUUUCUACUGUUAAAAGACAUGUUCAAGUUCUGACAGAAAGAUUGUAGCUUUAAGUAUUUGCAAGCCACUGAAGAAUCGUUUCAAAACCUUGUGCAACUCCCAAUUGAUGAAUGUAGCUAUUCUUGGAAGCAAUUUGCCCAAAUUGGUAGGACGGUUGGCUUGAUAAUUACAAGUUUCCAAGACUCUUCGUGGGAGUUGUAGGCCUUUUUGGCUUGAGCUGGGAAGAAAAGAGAAGGGAAAACAUUGAAUUUGCAAACUAAAAUGGCUUCUGGGGAUGAUCGCGACCACUUGGCUGAAUCACUCAACGACCUAUUCACCAAUGUCUCAAAGAUGGUCAAGGGCGAGCUUCAGGAAAGUAACAAUCUACUUGAACUUUUGGAGAAAAUGAAUAUACGAGUUGCUGAAGAGUAUAAAGGCUUUGGUGAUGUGGCUUCCGGGCUGAGAGUUUUCGUUGAGCAGCUCAAGUCCAAAAGUGGUAACUUUGAUGAGUAUGUGCAGCAGAUUGAUUCAAUAGAGGGGCAAGUAACUGAACUUGAAGCUGUAGUAUCUAUGCUUGAUAAGUAUGUUUCUUUGUUGGAAUCAAAAGUACAGUCUGUGUACCAUAUUCCACCUUCAUGACUACACCUUUUAAAUCCUCAUCUUGUUCAUUAAUUUUACUCGAUCGUUCAUGGGAUUAAACACAAGGAAUGGGAAUGAAAGUCAUUGUUUGGUUGACAA